AUGUUGGAAUCCUGCCAAAUAAGUGACACUAUUGGAUUGCUGCCAAUAGGCGGAGCCAUUGGGUCGUUGCCAGCAGAUCGCAUGACCAUUGGAUCGCUGCCAAUACGUAACACCGCUGGACUUUUGCCAAUAGGUGACACCACCGGACUACUGCCAAAUAGGGUGGACCCUGAAUUUUUACCACUAGAUUACAGCAACAAUGGAACGUUGCCAAUAUAUGACACUAUUGGAAUCCUGCCAAUAUGUAACACCACUGGACUCUUGCCAAUAGGCGUGGCCAUUGGAUUUGUGCCAAUAGGAGAGGCCUUGGAUUUUUACCAAUAG